AUUUUCUUUUCAGAUUAUUAGAGCGCGUCAUGUUGUGUGUACAUCAGUAUAUGUAUCCGCACUUACGGAGUCUUAUUUUUCGCUUGGGUUGGAAUCUGUGGAACACUUUAGAUUAUUUGACGAAGAAUAUGCAAAAAGAAAAAAAAGGGUGAUAUACUUUCUAACGAUUGACUGUAUUCCACCUCUCAUUUUGUAGCUCAAUUUAUUCUUCUUUAUAUGUAUAUUUUUGUUCGGACCGAGUGACCAGCUUCAGUUAGCUUUGUAGUGAUUACAGCGACUUCAAAAUAGUGCUUUCCGAUAUAUGGAGUGCACAAAAAAGGUCUACUUGAAAGUGGCUAGUUUUCUCAUCUUUCUCCUUCAUCAUGUGGAAGGACAAGAGAGAUUUUAAUCAGCUUAACAAGAAAGAUCAACCAUUGUAUUUAUCCAAACAUUCCUUCAAUGACCUGUCUCAUGUUUGCCCAACAGUUUUUAUCUAUCUUUUGAAGGAAUGCUAUGCUUACGGAACAUGCAAGGCAACUGCUAAAUUUCGAGCUCUACAACAAGUAUUGGUUCAAGUAUAUCAAAAUGAUCCUCAACCCGGGCCAGCUGUUUUUGCUGCUCAGUGCUUCUAUGUUUUGCCAAUAUUUGAAUCAUACCGUGAAGGUUUCUCUCAUCUCAUUUUAUCUUCCUUUGGGCGUUUUCUGAGACUGGAAAGUACCCAAACAGACAUCUUUGAUGCAAAACAUUGGUCUGCAAAAUUGUUUGUGGACAUUGUUGGCAGCAGGCUGAACUAUGAUGAAGGGAUUCUCAUCAAAAUUGUUUCUGUUUUUAAAGUCGAGCUGUCAAACAUAGGGAAAGCUAUAUGUGGCUCACAUGUAAACGAUGCAAUUGGACAUAGAACAGCAGAAAUAUUUGUUCAGCAAUAUAUCUUAAAGUUGAUAGAGUGCAGCUCAUAUACAAAUGCAGUUUUUCUUUUAGAGCACUUCUCUAUCCGGGAGCCAGAAGAUUCCUUUCUACUUAGACUCAUUGAUAAUAAACAAUACAAAGCUGCCGAAAAAUGGGCAACAUUUAAGGGUAAACAAUAUUUGUGUGUGCUUGUCCAGGAAUACUUCGAUAGGAAACUGGAUAAUGAUGCUUAUUUGGUUAUAAGAAAAAAUAGUCUGAGGGAAGAAUUCCCAGUAGCAUAUCAUCAAUACAAAGAAAGCAAACUAAAGAAGCUUGUAGAAAAAGGAUGUUGGGAUGUUGCCGAGGCAAGGACGAACAAUGAUUUAAAGCUUCUUCAGUAUUUGGUUUAUUUAGCUAUGGAAGCUGGCUAUCAAGAGAAGGUUGAAGAACUAUGCAAUCGCCACUCCCUUGAAGGUUUCACAAAUACCAAAGAGCUUGAAGCGUGUGCUGAACAAAGCAAAUAUUUGGAACUCAAAGAUAUGUCUAUUGAGGAAGUUCUUUGGGUUGAUGAUAUAAAUGGCUUGCAUGAUGCUACAUGCCAUCUUGAGGAAUGUAAAGUGGUGGGCCUUGACUGUGAAUGGAAGCCUAAUUAUGUAAAGGGGAGCUUACCUAACAAGGUCUCUAUAAUGCAAAUUGCUUCUGAAAGGAAGGCUUUCAUACUAGAUCUUAUAAAACUACACCAUGAUGUCCCCGAUGUUUUAGAUGACUGCCUAAUUCGCAUACUUCAUUCUCCAGGAAUACUUAAACUUGGGUAUAACUUCCAAUGUGACAUGGCUCAACUUGCUCGCUCUUAUGAAAGGUUGCGCUGCUUUAAGCACUAUGACAUGCUUCUUGACAUUCAGAAUCUUUUUAAGGAGCCAAGGGGGGGUCUUGCUGGUCUAACAAAGAAAAUAUUGGGAGCUGCUUUGAACAAAACCAGACGAAACAGCAACUGGGAGCAACGACCUUUAACUCAAUUUCAGCUAGAAUAUGCUGCACUGGAUGCUGUUGUCCUCCUCCAUAUAUUUCGUCAUGUUCGUGGUCAUACACAGCCUGUUGCUGGGGUCUCCUCUGAUGGGCAUAACAAAAUUGAGUGGAAAUCUCACAUUAUAUCACACACUGAUAGACCGAGAAAGUCAAAGGUUAGCAAGAAGAGUAGGUGCCGGCGAAGACCCGAUCAGUCAGACUGCCAUCUUGAUGAGGUUGAGAAGUGACCCCGGGUGCGUUGGGUUGCAGUAUUAAUGUUUCUUUUACUAAAAUAUGUUUGGAUGAUGAAAUGCCUUCUGAUUAUAUAUUUAUUUGUGUGAAUAUAGCAAUGCGUCCAAGCAGAAUCAUAUUAUCAACCUCUUCUGUUGCACAUAUAUAGAUAGAAAAAACUAUGUACAGUAAUAAUAGUCUUAAAUAUAAUUGUCCCACCAAACAAUUCCUAAAAGGGACCCCCCAUUUGAGUUAAAUAUUCUUAACACAAAUAAAUAGAAAAAU